UAUUUCCUUAUCCGGUUUACGGUGUACACGCAGCCACGGCACGGCACGCCUCGUCUGCAAUUCCGAGAUCCUUUCGCCAUUUUUGUUAUUUUCCGAUGCACCGGCGUCCACUUUUCCCCUGAAUUUGAUGCAGUUUACUCCACUUUGAUGACGGAAGUGUUCUUCACUUGACUCGCGGAGUAUCCUGUCGCAAAAUGUCGGGACGUUCUUCGCAUCGGGACGGUCCAUCUGAUUGUAAGGUGUAUGUAGGAGAUUUAGGUUCCUCUGCUUCUAAAGCUGAUUUAGAAGAUGCUUUCUCUUACUACGGGACUCUCCGCAAUGUGUGGGUUGCUCGUAACCCACCUGGCUUUGCAUUUGUUGAAUUUGAAGAUCCCCGAGACGCUGAUGAUGCUGUGAGGGGCCUUGAUGGAAGGAUGGUCUGUGGACGCCGUGUAAGAGUUGAACCAUCUUCUGGAACAAGGACAGGUCGCUUUGGUGGCUUUGGCCCUCCAUCUAGAGGAAGUAGAAAUCGUCCAUUCCAUCCUGAAGAUCGCUGUUACGAGUGUGGUGAUCGAGGGCACUAUGCCAGAGAUUGUACAAGGUUCCGGAGAGGAAGUCGAAGGUCUGGGUCCAGGUCCCGCGACAAGCGUUCCCGGUCUCGCAGCGACUCCAGAUCCCGGUCGCGGUCGCGCUCCAGGUCGCGCAGCAGGAGGCGCUCCCGCUCCAGGUCCAGGUCCAGGAACAUAAAGCGCUCCAGGUCCAAGUCCCGCUCCCCCUCCCGCAACAAGCGCUCCUCCCGCUCCCGCUCCAUCUCCCGAAGCAAGAAGAGGUCCCGGUCCCAUUCCAGAUCUCGGUCCCGCUCCAAGUCCCGCGGUGCCAAGAAGGCACGCUCCAAGUCCCAUUCCAGAUCUCGCUCCAGGUCCAAGUCCCCCAAGACCAAGGCCAAGUCCAAAUCCAAGUCCCAUUCCAGGUCUCGGUCCAAGUCUCCUAAAGCCAAGUCCAAGUCCCGGUCCAAAUCACGUUCCAAGUCCAGGUCUAAGUCUAGAUCCAAGUCUCGAUCCAAGUCCAGAUCCAAGUCCAGAUCAAAAUCAAGAUCCAAGUCCCGUUCCAAGUCUAGAUCCAAGUCCCGUUCGAAGUCUAGAUCUAAAUCUAGGUCUAGAUCCAGGUCUGCAUCCAAGUCAAAAACCUCCCCAUCUCCUCAGCAGGAAAAUGGCAGUGCUGAAUGAUGUCUUUGUGAUAGUGGGCAAGACUUCUUUUUGUUUUGUUUUUAAUGUUGAGUUCUUGCACUCACUGUUAUAUUUUCAUUCAUUUUAUGGAUAACUGAACAACAAUGCACCUGAGUGUUUUUCCUAGUUUGUGAGUCACAGUCAAAUGUGUCUUAUUUUGGUACUUGUCCAGUACUUGGCAGGGGGAUUCUGUCAUUUAGAAUUACUGAUGAUGUGCAAUAUUACCAUGUGUAUAUGUUCUCGUAAAUGUUAUAAUAUAUAAUGGCAAAUGUUUUUGUGUGUGGGUGAUGUGUUUAGCAAUCGUUCUGUGCAAAUUAAGUAAAUUGACAAAUGGAAUCAAUACAAUUUGAGUUAAUACCAACA